AUGCCGUUUGGACUCAAGAACGUGGGCACCACGUAUCAAAGGCUGAUGAACAAAUUGUUCGCAUAUCAAAUUGGGAGGAAUGUGCAAGUUUACGUGGAUGGCAUGUUGGUAAAAAGCAUAUGGGAGGACGACCACUUAAAUGACCUCCAAGAGACCUUCGACACCCUUUGGUCUUAUAACAUGAAACUGAAUCCCAGCGAGUGUGCGUUCGGGGUGACGGCAAGGAAAUUCUUGGGGUUCAUGGUAUCCCAAAGGGGUAUUAAGGGCAACCCGGAUAAGAUACAAGCCAUAAUGGAGUUAACACUGCCGAAGACCGUCAAGGAGGUACAGAGCUUGAACGGUAAGGGGGCAAAAGAGAGCCCACAAUGGAGCAUCCACACGGACGGAUCUUCCAACAGGCAAGCAGGCGGAGAUGGUGUGGUACUCCACAGUCCGGAAGGGGACAAGGUUGAAUGCAUGGUCCGUCUUGAUUUCCCUACGACCAAUAACGAGGUAGAGUACGAAGCUUUGAUAGCAGGACUGGAUCUCACCAAAGCAGCAGGAGCUGCAAAUAUGGUCGUGUAUUGUGACUCUCAAGUAGUGACCAGUCAGGUUAAUGGCGACUAUGAAUGCAAGAAUGAACGGAUGAAGAAGUACUUUGAGCAAGUGAAGAAUCGAGUAAGCGACCUCCAAGCAAAGUUUGUUCAAAUACCAAGGGAGGAGAACGAGCACACCAACCAUCUUGCCAAAGCUGCAUCAGCAGAGCAUAUGCUCAUCCCCAGUCAGGAUGGCGUGCUGCCUGACGAUAAGGAGGCUGUAAGGAAGUUGAAGGGUCAAGCAACGGGCUUCGUUCUGAUUAGAGACAUUCUAUACAACAGGGGCUUCUCCCAACCAUACCUGAGGUGUCUCAUCCCUGAGGAGGCAGAAUAUGUCAUGCAAAAAGUCCAUGAAGGAGUCUGCGAAAACCAUUUUAGGUCACGGUCGUUAGUGCACAAACUCAUCUGGGCGGGAUACUAUUGGCCUACCAGGCAGAAGAAUGCCAUUGCUUAUGUCAAAACGUGUGACAAGUGCCAGAGUGAGGCGGUCAUUCCAGCUAAAGUGGGACUCACAAGCUACAGAGUAGGAAACCAUGACGAGGGUAGAAAUGACGAAGCUAUGUGCUUGCAACUUGAUCUGGUGGACGAGGUCAGAGAAACGACUGAGCAAAGGUUAUCACGGUACCAAGACCUCAUGGCCAAGCACUACAACUCCAAGGUCAGACAUAGGGACAUCCAGGUUGGAGAUCUUGUCCUGAGAAGGGUAACAGAUGCCACAAAAGACACCUCCCAAGGAAAGCUAGGACCUAGUUGGGAAGGACCUUAUAGGAUCACACCAUGGCAUAAGAAGGGAACUUACCACCUGGAGACACUGGACGGGCAAAAGGUUCACCACCCCUAG